CAUUCUAGUGCUAUGGCAGGAACAGCCGGGAAAAAAACAUUGCAGAAGACCAAAACGUCACAAAAUGUCGUGAUAAUAUAUGCAGGAACUGUUUCGGAGCACGACCAUGAUAAUUUAGCGAAACAGAUGGAACGUGGAACACGGGCCUUUGAACAUGGUCUUCAUAUGAAUUUGCCUAUUCUGAAUCAGUCAGUCGCAUAGAAAAAUAUUUUCUAAAUGCUCGAACAGCUCUUGAAUCGAGUCUAGCAGGUAAUCCAUAUUCAUCCGCUUUAGAUGCCUCACGAACCUCAGUCAAUCAGCAACGGAGUACCCGGAUGGAACUGUCAUGGCCGCCAUCGCUGAACUGCAAGGCUAAAGAGAAAAGGAAGGAGCCUCUAUAUUGAAGCAUGGAAGAGGACCUGAAAACACUGGAUGAUCCUGCUGAAAGCCAUGACGACAUGGAGGCUGAGGAAGAAAAGGAAUUGGCAAAGGACCACACCGGCCAGAAGUUUGAUCAAUUUCCUGGGUUGCCAUAUAGUGACCAAUGUGACCCUGAUGAAACAUCUGUUGAAGAGUCAGGUAGUCGCAAGACAGCCAGAAAAGCAUCUAAGUCACCAUGUAAAAUACAGCAAGGUGCAGUCUUCUCUGGGAAAAUACUUAGCUUUGGGUGUUCAGAGUGUAAGGGUGACGCUACCUACAGCCCCAAUGAUCUCCUCAAACAUUUUCAGGGGGCCCACAAGGGGACCCUGCCGACGUAUCCGUGUGACUUGUGUGGCUUUGUUACAAAUGAGUUCCCUGCACUUCAGCGCCAUCGGAUCGGGCACAGAAACACUUUAGUCACAUGCGAGAUCUGUAAUGAUGAUGUACAGUACUCUCUCCUCCUGCUCACUAGACACUAUAUCAUGUCUCACAGCCAAAAUGGCCACUUUCACUGUGAAAAAUGUGAGUUUUCAACAGUUGACGCAGGGACAUUUGUUCAGCACAUCCAUCAUCACAAUGAGAGCCGGCUCAAAUGUGUGAAAUGUCAACAUGUGAGCUCUAGCCGAGGUGAGCACCAGAGGCACCUAAAACUCCACUCGGGUACCUUCCCCUUCACGUGUCAGGUCUGUGGAUAUGGGGCAGCACGGAGAGAAUACCUCACAAAGCACAUGGUAACUGUCCAUGGUGAGGAAGCAGGCAAGAAAAUUAAAUGGAGAGCAACGGAGGACCGCAACAAUACCCUGGGAAACUCCUCUUCAGGAUUAAAACUCCUGCUGAAGAAAAGCCCAGCUGCAGGUGGUCAAUCUAAGGAAUCCCAGUGGAUGUCCAAACUGAAUUCUCUUCCUGGAGUAGGUUUACUUGACCAAAAUGGAAGGUUGUUGAACCCAGAGAAAACAUUGGAGGAAACCCAACAGUUCCUUGAAAGGGCUGUGGGCGUGAAACAGGACUGUAAGAAGCGGGUCAAAGGGACUCUUAAAAAUGAGCAACAAUUUGACUCCCAGGCUGUAUCAUCGAUACCACCACCUAAGUCCCCGGAAAGUGAUGACAGUUAUGGGGCUGACACCCUAAACCCGAACUCCAAUGGACUAACUGUUCUCAUGGUCAAAAAUAAAAUCUCUAUUCCACCUAACUGUACUACAAAAGUAAUGGGGUUCAAAAUGGUUGACGGCAAAAAGCAUUUAGUUCUCAAAGUUAUACCAACAGCAAAGCCUGAGUCCUCUGCAGAAAAUAGAAUGUUAUGUAGAGCGCAAGAGAGAGGCUGCCCAAUUAUAGACGCUACCUCCGAUGGAAAUCAAUGCUCAGAUUCGGCUGAAAAUUGGGAAAAUUCAAGUACUAGCUUCCCUUACAUGACAGUUCUAAGCCCCUCAGGGACUGAUCGAGAUGCUGCAAUUUCAGUUCAAGUGAAACCAGAGGAAGAGGACAUUAGCAUUGAGGAGAUGUUGCCCAUACUGGAGAAACUACCACAGAAAGCAAAACACACAGAGCAACAGAGGAAUGGUGAACAACAUAAGUUUAAGGAUGAACAGAUUCCUUCCUUGGCAGUUUCUCCAAUGACCAAAGAGUCAGAUCACUCCACGAUUCAGAACGGUAAACUGAAUAACAAUACAUCAUCAAUUGCUAAUCAGUCGAAUGAUUCUGAGUUGGGAGACAAAAUGUCUGCUUAUUCAAGCCCUAAUGUGACUGCUGUGGAGGUCGUUUCAGCCAAAAUGCUCACAGAUAAGACCAUGCCCUCUGAAUCCGCUUAUGAGACCAUGCUUCCCAAAUCAGUCUCUGAAGAAACUAUCAGCAUGCUUAGAGUUGGUGACCUGAAUACAGUUACAGCUGAUAAGAUCAGUGACCCCAUCACUGAAAAUUGCCCUGUGCCCAAUGGAGAGACGUUACCCUCCAAUGACAAACUUAAGAAGACUGCCCCAGGACCCAUGACUGGUGACAUCCUACCUUCUGAUGAUACUGUUGAAAAUAAUCAUUCAAUUAUCAAGGAGAUGGUUCCUUCUGAUUUUACUGCCAAUAAGAUUAAUUCCUGUGUAGCGACUAAAACUGAAACUUUAUCUCCAGAUCUGAUGCCCCAACUGGAGUCACACCUAGCUGAAUCAGACAACUCCAAAGAGACUGAUGCUAAUGCUGAAAAUCUUAAUUCUCCCAACCAAGAGGUGUUCAGUUUUCAUAAUUACUCAAAGGAAUCAUCAAGCAUUUCCUCCAACUCAACACAACCUUGUGAACAUCCAUCAGAGGAUGAAAGUGUUUGGAUGAAAGAGUCACCUGAAUGGAGCUUGACAUUGGCUGCAUCUCCACAACCUCCAGAUGAGGGGAAUGGGGAAGUGGAGUCUGCAGAAGAGACUGAAAUGGAGAGAGUGUCAGAUGGUGACAUUGAGGUUGAUGAGUGCAUAGCUACUGUAGAUCUGGCCACCCCAGUGGCAGCUGAGAUAGAUAAUCAUGGACACUCUGGGUCUAAACACCAAGUCCAAACUACAGUAAACAUGGAGGAGGAGAGUGUUCCUGUGUCAGAAAGGGCAACAGGGAGCAUAAAUAGUUUGGCCGUCUUGGGUCGCAUACUGGAGGAGCAUUCAGAUGCUAUCAUUAACCACCAGCUUGAGAAAGAUAGAAUAGGCUGCUCAGCUGCUAGCCAUGAUUCUGUUGAGCCACCUAAGACUAUGCUAAGGAUCCUUAAAACUGCAGAGGGAAAGCAACAGAUGUUCUUACAGACUGCAGAGAACCAGUUUGCUGUACCUGUGCAGCUCCAAGGCAACACAGGGUUCAAGCUGAUAACCAAAUGCUCUGCUCCUCAGAUCAAUGUGUCCUAUGUUAAGCCAGGAAUUGAAAUGCAGAAUCACACCACAGGGUUGGCACUCACCCUCAAUGGUGGAAGGUUCAGCAUUCUAGGACAUACUUUAGGUGCUAGUGAAAAAGGUGCAAUGCCGUUAUCUGCUAUUCAGCCUGGAGCCAGUACUAGUGCAAGCCACUACCUAGUCAACAGCACAGCUUUUAAGGGAAAUAUGCUGUUGUCAGACGCAGCACAUAGUUCUCCUGGAGAAAAUACCAUAAAAUCACUGCAGACUUGUUACUUAGUACAGAGACCAGUCCCUGUAACCCAGCCCCCCCACAAUGCAGGUAGCAAAUUAGCAAGCUCAAUGUCUCAAUCUCCACUCUUGUCCCGUCCAGUUUUGGCAAUGUCUGCAAACUCUGUGAACAAAUUAACUGCAUUGCACACUGGGCGACAAGCCUUCUUGGUUAGAUAUAUCUCUCCAGCUAAGUCAGGGAUGCUUCUGAAUAGUCUUGAUGGGAAGUCUGUGAACCAGAAAGGUCAACCUAAUGAAAACCGAGGAAAUAAAGUUGUUUAUAAGAUCGUCAGAACUGCCAAUGGUAGCACAUUUCUUGCUGGUGCUGCACACUCCUCUGCCAACAAGCCCAUUUAUCUGGCCACAAAUUCCACACAGAUGCCCUGUUUUCUGAUGUCAUCAAAUAAUGUCUCUACUGGAGGGCAAAAACUGGUACCCAUACAAAAUACCUCCCACAAACCUGUCACAGCCUCCAAGCUCUCAAAUCUUCUGUCCCCCCAAUCCAACAUGCAAGGUAGGGUCAGGCAGCAAGUGGGCAUAGAUGGUCUGAAUAAAUCGCCCCUUACCCCAAGGCCAAGUCGCCAGCUAAGUCAAAGGAAGAGACACAGGAAAGCGUUGUUUGAUGAACUCCCAGAGCACUUGCCUAAAGUGAAGAGGCUCUCGAGCAAGGCAGUAACUGAGAAAGGGGCUCCCUCGCUCUGGGUGCCUGUACCCAAAGAUGCAGAGAGGACUCUGAGACUGUACCCAUUCAGUUCACUACAAGAGAUAAAAUGCCCUCGACGAAAUCAGCCGGUAGUGGUUCUCAACCAUCCCGAUGCCGACAUUCCUGAAGUGGCCAGUAUCAUGAGGUCUGCUAACAAGUACAAAGGUGCUGUUUCCAAGGUGGCACUGUCCCAAAAAACGGUUCAAGCUCUCUCUGAACUCGGCCCGACUGGACUUCUGGGGAAAAGCUCCAAGGUGAAAUGUCCCUCAUCACAAAGCUGUGGGUCGAGACUUCGGCCUUCAGAAAGCAGAGUCCGAGAGCGAUUUCUGUUAAAACUGAAGUUUAAAAAGACUAGCAGGAAAAAGUACGAGGUGGUGAAGUCCUUAUCUAGAUGUGCAGAGAGGUCAUCAAUGUUUGCCUGUUGGUUUUGUGGUCGACUCUUCAACAACCAAGAGGAGUGGAUAGGCCACGGCCAACGGCAUCUCAUGGAGGCAACCAGAGACUGGAAUAAGCCAUUUUAAAGCUGUCACAUAGCCCCUGGAUGGUCCAAAAUACCAUCUUAUAGAGUGGCACAAAUGGAGAGGUUAAAGUUGUAUAUUUUUCAAAUGACUCAUCAGUAUACUUUAUUCUUACAGCAGUUUCUAUUCCCAUAAAUGCCCUAAUAGCUAUGUUUGAGUCACUGUUUUUGAGGCUGUUGAUGUGUGGUACAACCUGAAACCUUUUGGUAUGUAUAGAUAUUCUAAUACGAUUAUGUAAAUAUGACAAACUCGUUUGUACAGAUGGAAUUGAACUGUGAAAACUUGGCACACUGUAAUGGAGUAUAUUUGAGGGAGCAAUGUUGCUAGAUUUUUUUUGUAUUCAGAAAUGUACCAAAUUCCUCAGGUGAUUUCAUAUUCUCUGAUUCAACUCAUCUGCUUUGUAACAUACAAUUGAAGUUGGAAGUUUAAAUACACUUAGGUUGGAGUCAUUAACAUGUUUUCAACCACUCCACACAUUUCUUGUAAACAAACUAUAGUUUUGGCAAGUUGGUUAGGACAUCUACUUUGUGCAUGACACAAUUUUUCCAACAAUUGUUUACAGACAGAUUAUUUCAUUUAUAAUUCACUGUAUUAAAAUUCCAGUAGGUCAGAAGUAUACAUACACUAAGCUGACUGUGCCUUUUAAACAGCUUGGAAAAUGCCAUAAAAUUAUGUCAUGACUUUAGGAGCUUCUGAUAGGCUAAUUGACAUCAUUUGAGUCAAUUGGAGGUGUACCUGUGGAUGUAUUUCAAGUAUUGUGGGAAGCUUGUGGAAGGCUACCCAAAAUGUUUUACCCAGGUUAAACAAUUUAAAGGCAAUGCUACCAAAAACUAAUUGAGUGUAUGUAAACUUCUGACCCACUGGGAUUGUGACGAAAGAAAUAAAAGCUGAAAUAAAUAAUUCUCUCUACUAUUAUUCUGACAUUUCACAUUCUUAACAAAGUGGUGAUCUUAACUGACCUUAACAGGGAAUUUUUACUGAGUUUAAAUAUAUUUGGCUAAGGUGUAUGUAAACUGACUUCAACUGUAAGUAAUUAUUUUACAUUUAUCAUCUUUUCAUAGGUUUGAGAGAACAUUGUGGUAAUUUGUGUUUUGAUUCCCUUAAUUUUGUUAUUCAUGUUAUAUUCACAUAUUAUUAUUUGUUUUAUGUGAAGAAAUAGUUGUGAAGAAGUAGUUUUACAGGUAUGCAAAUGGGUUGUCCUUUUUUUUUUUUUUGCAGUUACAUACAGUACUUCCUAUAUAUAUCCCGGUUUGUUUCACUAUUUUACCUGUUUUUAUUUCUGGGGUGACAGAUGUUUUAGCUUCUUUUAGGAUAACACAACCCCAUUUGUCUAUCUUAAUUGUCAGUGCUUGACUUUAGCAUUAGUCAUAACAUAGUUAUGUUGAUUUUAGCUCUCGUCACUGUCAUUUAUUUCCACAUCUGUGUUCAGUAUGCAAAAAUAUCUCAACUGAUUAAUUAUUGCAUGAGUGAUACUUUACGAUAAUUUUUGCACAUUUAGUACUGUUUAGCGGGCAGGAAAAUGUUCCCCAUGAUCAAAGCUGUACUCGUUAAAUUGUACUAGUAGUUGAAAAUUAAUAGACCUACAAAAUAAUACCAUAUGGCUUCAUGAAAGACUGGUGAAACAGCAUGCACAAAAUAAGACUAAACCACAGUUUAAGCAGCAACCACACCAGCAGAUUAGCUACUUUCCUUGUACAUUUCAUUCAAGUUUGUGUUUCUGAUCUUAUGCUAAUUGAACGCCUCUUAUUUCCAAUGUUCCAAUACAUUUGUUUUGUAGUAGUAGAGUGAGUUCUGUUAACACUUUCUUUGAACCAUGUAUAAUCGGUUUUAUUUGACAAAUUACACUUGUUACAGACUAGCCCCCUCCCCCUUGACACAACAAUACCUCUAAACUCGAUGACCAAAUAAUUGUUAUUCUCUUAAGUUUUAUGGAAUUCUCCUUUCUUAGGAAAAAAAGUUUUUUUUCUUCCAGUUUUAAUAUCCCUGUCAGACAGGUUGCCGGGAUCUUUUUACCUGAGAAUAAAGUGCCUAAACUGUUGUGCACCAUGUUGACACUAUCGUACUGUAUUCACCUCCUUGUGGUUCUCUCUUCUCAAAUAAAUGUAAGUACUUUGGAAAAUAA